GUAGUUGUACUGUUUCUAAGCACUGAAAAUGACGAGCACACACACUCCUUAACUCUGAUUUCUUAUCGCGUUUUCAUCUACUUCAUACGACUAUAUCUCUAUAGGAGGAAGUCAUGCAUGCAUGCAUGUAUCCCCCCCCCCGUAAAACGAAUCUACACUCAGCAUUCUACCCAAUACCUCACCCUCCCCCCUUCCUCACAUCAACCAACCAACCAACCAACCAAAAGCAAUCCAACCCCUAAGAACAAACGUAAGGAUACGACGUUUUUCCAUACCCACCUACUACUAAUCUAAUCCCCUACGGAAGAAGAAUUUAAGGACUCGUAA